GAGACGCUGGAUCUAGCAACCCCUUUAAAAAAAACGGUUUUAUUGAAUUUAGCUGAUUCGGGUAUUGUUCGCUUGAAUACAUAUAUCAACCUUUUUAGUUACGUUGCAAGCGCUUUAAUAUAUUAUGUGUGUUCUAGGCUUGGUCGCACUAUCUAUCGUUAACAUCGAAAUCUGUAGCUAGCUUGUUUCAGGUGUCUUUUUGCUUUGCAAACUAGCUAUGGAUAACAUUAUUGAUCCAGCAUCAGAACAAGAUGGUUUUAGAGUUGUGUUGCAGUGCGGGCACAGCUGACCUCCUGACCAUCCAGGCCCACCUAGACAUAAUCCACACUUUGACAGAAAAAUCCUUACACAAAGAAGAGGUGUUCCCAGUCCACUAUGGCCCUCUGUAUGACACAGUGCUGCAGACACUGGUGUGGGAGUUCCUCUCCAGACUGGAGGAGCUGCUGCCUGUACCAGACCUCACGCAGACAACAGCAUGGCUCAGUGCUGCCCCCUCUGUCCUGGAGGAAUGUGGACAGACUGUCUUUGACCCUGAACAACUGAAGACAGUGCUGCAGCACCAUCAGCGUCAUGGAAACCUGAACAAGAGUCAUGUCUCUAAAUACACUGCAGAUACCAUCCUGUCCACACUGUCCCUCCCUCCAAAAAUGAGAGUUGUUAUUAACUAUGAGCCAGACAACUCUGACAAUGGGAGGCAAUACUCAGAUGAAUGCAUAGAUAAUGGGGUCUGUGAAAAUGAAGACCACAAUGAAUUCCUGGAUGAAAGCACUGAUAGAUGUUUGGAGGAUCUAGGACUGUCAACAUCAGAGCAACAGCAACAGGAGGGUCUGCCACCUGCAGAAACCUCAGUGUUGGUUACUCCAGUACCCUGUGAUGAAUUUAACUUGGAUCAUUCUCUCAACGUAAUGGUGAAUGCUGACGAGCCAUCCCAGGUUCUUAACUGCACUCUACCUCCAUUCUCUCACAGUGAAGUGGCCAACCUCUGCAAGGACAUCAAGACCGACUAAGUAGAAAAGGACAGAAAGCAGGUUGACAAGAAAACAAAGGUGUUCAGAAAGGGGGACAAAAAGAAUGAGAUCAAACAGGUUGACAAAAAGACUGAGAUCAAACAGGUUGACAAGAAAACAAAGGUGGUCAGAAAGGGGGACAAGAAACAAGAGGGAUCCCCUGUACCCCAAAACAGGACUCAUACAUGUGAGUGUGGGAAGGUUUUCAAAAAACCAUCACUGCUGACGCUACAUAUGGGAGUUCACACGAUGCCAUAUCAUUGUGACCAGUGUCCCAAACGAUAUGCUACUCCUGGGGCACUGAAAAAACACCAGUUACUUCACACAGAAGAAAGACCAUUUGCAUGUGAACACUGUGACCGGAGGUACAGGAGUGCUUAUGAUCUCAAAGUGCACGUACGCAUUCACUCUGGGGAGCGCCGUCACAUGUGUACCAUCUGUGGUAAGAGGUUUACCCAGCAGUGUGCACUAGUGAGACACAUGCGAAUGCAUGCUGGGGAGAAGAAUUACUUAUGUAGCAUAUGUGGUAAGGCAUUCCUUACCUUAGGAGAACUGCGUCUGCAUACACGAACACACACAGGAGAAAACCCCCAUACCUGUAAACAUUGUGGAAAGGGUUUCAAAGCAUCUUGCCAUCUUAUGGUUCAUCUGCGAUCUCAUACAGGCGAGCGUCCUUACACCUGCACCCAAUGCCCCAAGUCUUUCACUACUUCAGACGCUCUUAGAAAGCAUGUAUAUACUCACACUGGGGAGAAACCUCACCGGUGCUCAGAGUGUGGGAAAACAUUUACUCAAAGGGGUAAUAUGGUAAAUCAUAUGAGAAGAGUUCAUCGACCGGUUAAGAUUCUCCAAAAGCAGUCCAACAGAAAGACAGACAAAGUCUCAUAAAAAGAUCGAAGAGAUCGAAAGAAACCAUGUAGGAGUUAAUUCCAAUGUAAAUACUAGUACUAUACACAUGAUUUUACAGGUCCUCUUUUGUAUAUCAGAUUAUCAUACCAAAACAUGUUUUUCAAUAAAUUUCUUCAGAUUUGUCAUGUC